AUGUCAAAGAUUGUGUACGAGGGAUGGAUGGUGAGAUACGGAAGGAGGAAGAUCGGACGAUCCUACAUUCAUAUGAGGUACUUCGUGUUGGAGCCUCGUCUUCUCGCGUAUUACAAGAAGAAGCCACAGGAUAAUCAGCUUCCUAUCAAGACGAUGGUGAUUGAUGGCAACUGUAGAGUUGAGGAUCGAGGCUUGAAGACUCAUCAUGGUCACAUGGUUUACGUGUUGUCUGUUUAUAACAAGAAAGAAAAAAGCCACAGAAUCACGAUGGCGGCGUUCAACAUCCAGGAAGCUUUAAUGUGGAAGGAAAAAAUCGAGUAUGUCAUUGAUCAGCAUCAAGACUCCCUAGUUCCUAGUGGUCAGCAAUAUGUUUCUUUUGAAUAUAAGCCUGGGAUGGAUGUUGAAAGGACUGCUUCAUCGUCAGACCAUGAAAGCCCGUUCAGUGCGCUGGAGGAUGAAGAUGACUCUCGACCUGAUUUAUUGAGGAGGACAACUAUUGGAAAUGGCCCUCCAGAAUCUAUAUUUGACUGGACUAAGGAGUUGGGUUCCGAGUUGUCUAACCAUAAUUCCAGCAACCAAGCAUUUUCAAGAAAACACUGGCGUCUCCUUCAGUGCCAAAAUGGGCUUCGGAUUUUUGAAGAGCUACUUGAAGUUGACUAUCUUCCAAGAAGCUGCAGCAGGGCAAUGAAGGCUGUUGGUGUAGUGGAGGCCACAUGUGAGGAAAUAUUUAAGCUUGUGAUGAGCAUGGAUGGCACUCGAUAUGAGUGGGACUGCAGUUUUCAUAAUGGGAGAUUAGUAGAAGAGGUGGAUGGUCACACAGCAAUACUCUAUCACAGACUUCUGCUCGACUGGUUUCCAAUGGUUGUGUGGCCUCGUGACCUCUGCUAUGUUCGUUAUUGGCGUCGUAAUGACGAUGGAAGCUAUGUGGUAUUGUUUCGUUCUAGGGAGCACGCUAAUUGUGGUCCGCAACCUGGGUUUGUUCGAGCUCAUCUUGAGAGUGGAGGAUUUAACAUCGCCCCACUAAAGCCCCGAAAUGGAAGGCCCCGAACGCAAGUGCAACAUCUAAUACAAAUUGAUCUUAAAGGUUGGGGUGCAGGUUAUCUUCCAGCAUUUCAACAACAUUGUCUUCUUCAAAUGCUCAACAGUGUCUCUGGUUUGCGCGAGUGGUUCUUGCAGACGGAUGAAAGAAGUCAUCCGAUCAGGAUACCUGUUAUGGUUAACAUGGCACCUUCUUCCUUAGCCUUGGGCAAAGGUGGAAAGCCUCAGCAUAAGUCUUCGCAUUCUAUUGAUCAGACAAAUGGGGCCGGGAGAAACUCUGUGCUAAUGGAUGAAGACUCGGAUGACGAUGACGAGUUUCAGAUAGCUGAAUCAGAACAAGAGCCUGAUACGAGUAAGCCAGAGACUGUCGCCAAGAAAACAGAAGAGGAACCUGCUCUCGACAUUGAUCUGUCUUGCUUCUCGGGUAAUCUACGACACGAUGAUAAUGAAAAUGGGCGUAACUGCUGGAGGAUUUCGGAUGGAAACAACUUCAAAAUCCGUGGCCAGAGUUUCUGUGAAGACAAAAGAAAGACUCCUGCUGGGAAGCAUCUAAUGGAUCUUGUAGCCGUCGAUUGGUUUAAAGACACUACAAGAAUUGAUCAUGUGGCUAGACGCAAGGGCUGUGCAGCACAAGUUGCUGCAGAGAAGGGUCUUUUCUCAUUGGUAGUAAAUGUUCAAGUUCCUGGAUCAACACACUACAGUAUGAUAUUUUAUUUCGUGACAAGAGAACUCGUACCUGGGUCCCUCUUCCAACGGUUUGUUGAUGGUGAUGACGAGUUUCGCAAUAGUAGGCUCAAGCUUAUACCUUUAGUCCCCAAGGGUUCAUGGAUAGUAAGGCAAAGCGUAGGAAGCACCCCAUGUCUUCUCGGGAAAGCAGUUGAUUGCAACUACAUCCGCGGUCCGACAUACUUGGAAAUAGAUGUAGAUAUCGGCUCAUCCACCGUCGCAAACGGUGUUCUCGGUCUUGUCAUCGGUGUUAUCACAUCUUUGGUUGUCGAGAUGGCUUUCCUUGUACAGGCGAAUACACCAGAAGAAUUGCCGGAGAGACUUAUCGGGGCAGUGAGGGUUUCCCAUAUAGAGCUAUCGUCUGCUACAGUUCCCAAGUUGGAUUCAGAUUAGUCUUUAAGGUCUCUCUCACUAUGUCCUAAACCUUUAUAUCAACCUCAUGUUUGGUCUUGUCUCUUCUUAUAUACACACUACACUGCCGUCUAUUCUUUUCUUUCCUGUUUCUCUCUUAUCCUUUGAUGUUACACUAUAGUGAGAGAGAACAGGAAAGUAAAAGCGAUUAAUUAAUUUACUUUAUAUAAAAUAGGCGACAUUCAAAAGA